AUGACUCGUGUAGGAGCGAGAUGGCACGCUCUGAGAGCUAUCCUCAACAUCCGCUUCGGCCUCGGUGCCGCAAAACUCCCUCCGAAUGUCACGAGGAUACAUAUGGAGUUCGCCAGACGCGUAGAUGGCGGCCACUUCGGACCCAAGAAAUUCUGGCGCGACAUGCUCCCCCGCCUAAAAUACUACAACCCCGCCGUCCCCAUGAUCGUAAACCGCAAAAACAACAACGAAGGCGCAGCAAUCAUGUCCGUUUACUUCUCCACCUCAGGCGAACCCCUCGAACCCUCCACCCUCCCGCAACCCCCCUCCUCGGCAAUCGACAACUCCAAAGCGCCCGCACCCCUCGAAGGCCUCGAGCGCGUCGUCAAAAUCGACAUGAAGAACAAGCACUCGGAAGAAAUCUACGAACACUUCCUCCAAGAGACCAAGGCCGAGGCCGUGCUUCCCGGUCCCGAGGACGAGGCGGAUAUGAAGGCCGCCGAGGAGCUGAGGAUCAAGGGCGAAAAGGACCGGAAGCGGCUGGCCAAGAUCCUCGAGGAGGAGAGGAGGGAGAAGGCUAUGCUUGCCAGGGCGCGUGCUGAGGCGAACUAA